AUGGGCCUGCAAGUAGCGCCUCACAAAACCGAGGCGCUAUUCAUGCACAAGGGGGAGCAUGGGGCUCCCCCCGCUGACGCCCAUGUCGCGGUGGGUGACAUCUCCGUCCGGGUGGGAGACAGGUUGAAGUACCUUGGUCUCUACCUGGACGCGGCUUGGAGCUUUGGCGGGCACUUUGAGCUUCUGGCCCCCAGGGCAGAGUCGGUGGCACUUAGCCUCAGCCGACUCUUGCCCAAUCUUGGGAGUCCGGAUGGCUGGGUGCGCCGCCUCUAUGCGAACACCGUCCAGGCGGUGGCCCUUUAUGGGUCACCGGUGUGGGCGGACGCCCUGGUGGCCAGUAAGCGGGGCAGCAUGUUGCUGCACCGCGUUUUUAGAAGGGUGGCCAUCAGGGUAGUCCGAGGUUACAGGACGGUGUCGCACACGGCGACCUCUUAA